AUGUCUAGAAGUGAUCUAUCAAUCAAGCCAUUCCUAUUACAAAAAGGACCCUUUGCAGAUGAUGAAUUUGAGCCAGGUCAACAAGUGAUUGACACAAUUUACAAUGCCAAAAUACUUGUCCUUGGGGCAGGUGGUCUUGGGUGUGAAAUCUUAAAGAAUUUAGCAUGUUCAGGAUUUAGAGACAUUCAUGUCAUUGAUAUGGAUACAAUUGACUUAUCAAAUUUAAACAGACAAUUCUUGUUCAGGCAUUCAGAUAUUGGAAGACCAAAAGCUGUUGUUGCUGCUGAAUUUGUAAUGAAGCGUGUGAAAGGUGUUAAGAUCACACCUUAUUAUGGGAAACUACAAGAUAAAGAUGAAGCAUACUAUAAGCAAUUUACUUUAAUAAUAUCGGGGUUGGAUAGCAUAGAGGCUAGAAGAUGGAUCAAUGCAAAAUUGGUGCAUAUGGUUGAUCCAGAUGAUUUUGAAACUGUUAAACCUUUAAUUGAUGGUGGUACCGAGGGUUUUAGAGGCCAAGCUAAAGUCAUAUUUCCAACAUUUACUGCAUGUUAUGAAUGCUCGCUGGACACUUUGAGCGGACAAACUACUUUCCCAAUGUGCACAAUUGCAAAUAAUCCAAGAAUACCAGAGCAUUGUAUUGAAUAUGUAAGUCAGAUAGAAUGGCAACAAUCGCAUCCAGGAGAAAAAAUAGACACUGAUAAUCCUGAUCAUGUUUUGUGGUUAUAUGAAGCAAGUUUGAAAAGAGCAAAAGAAUUCAGCAUUUCUGGUAUUACAAGAAGUCUGGUGCUUGGUGUUGUGAAGAAUAUCAUCCCUGCAAUUGCUUCAACCAAUGCAAUUAUUGCAGCUGCUUGUUGUAAUGAAGCUUUCAAAAUCGUUUCAAGCUCUAACCCAAUAUUAGAUAACUUCAUGAUGUAUUCAGGCACUGAUAGUGUCUUUACGUAUAGCUUCGCAUAUGAGCGUAAGGAUGAUUGUCCAAUUUGUGGUGGACUAUAA